AUGUCCUGCUCCUUAAGCCCGUGCACCGCCGGCUCGGCCGCGCCGUGUGGGGUGGCCGCGCCGCAGCCGCUCGCCAGCAGCUCCAACGAGCCCUGCGUCCAGCAGUGUCCCGACUCCCGCGUGGUCAUCUACCCGCCGCCCGUGGUGGUGACGAUUCCCGGACCCAUCCUCACCACCUUCCCGCAGCAGAGCGUGGUGGGCUCUGAGGGAGUCCCCGAAGUUGGAAGYGGCCCUGCUAGUGCCGGUGUUCCCGGGGGCUCCCGUGUUUAUGGUGGUGCCCAGUGGGGACGAGGAUACCCAGUGGGGAGCUGCAGACCGUGCUAA